GCAAUCAUUAUUUUUUUUCAGCGAAAGGAACAACUGUAUGUGUUGCAGUUCUUGUAAUGUUUAUGCUUAUGUUAUUAAUAUCAAUUAUAUUUUUUGUAUGGCCUAUCUUAAUAAAAUGUUUGUUCAGAUCGGAACGCCAAUGUACAGGCUCUGCGGAAGAAGAUUCAUGGUUCAACACAGAAAUUAUUAAUAAUAUACUAAAUAAAGAAAAACUCAAUUGGAAAGAGAAAACGGAAAAGUUCGUCAAUACAAGAGCUACAAAAGUAAUUUUGAAGAGAAUCCAGAACAACAAUUGUAUAUUGAUAAGUGGACCUCCAGGCGUUGGUAAAACAGCAAAUGCAUAUUUUGUGGCCUUUAUUUUAGAGAAAACUCAUAAAUCCAUGGUAAUGGCAGUGACUGCUAGUGAUCUACAUAAGUAUGUCUUGUCAAGUAUAAAUCAAGUUUUUAUAAUUGAUGACAUUUUUGGAAGGUAUUGCUGUGACACAGAUUUCGGCCUUAUUUGUUCUUCUGUAAGAACAGUGUUAGAUUACCAUGCUAACACAAAAAUAAUAAUGACCUGUAGAUCACAGAUAUAUCAUUUGGUGCAGAAUCAACUAACUUUCGAGAAUAUCUCGUUUGAACAUUGUGAUUUUCUCUUAGAUGAACUUCAGUUAUCAGUUGAUGAAAGAAAGGAGAUAGUCGAAUCUUACAUAAAUAGUGGAAUCAUUAGUGAAUUUAAAGAUAAUGUUUUCAUGUUAUACAGCUUUUUUCCAUCUCUUUGUAUAAUUUUUGCAGCAAGUAAAGAAAAUGAAAUUUUUUUCACAUAUCCUCUCAGCUAUAUAGCUUACGAAGUCAACAACAUUAAACUGAAAUCAAAUGAGACAUACUUAGUGUUAGCGCUGCUCGUGGUUUUAGACAAUCUUGUCGAUGAAAUGGUUCUAGAUGAACAUGACGUUAAGACUGACGUCAUGCUUAGAGAUAUAUUUUCAGAGUCGGGGAUUUUGCAAACUCCAUCCAAAGGCUUAAUGUUAUCUACGCUGAGAUCAUUAGAUGGUACAUUCGUUAAGAAGUGUGAUCGCUGUUUUUCAUUUAUGCAUAAAUACAUGUUUAAUGUGAUGAUUGGUUGUAUUGGUCACCAUUUUAUAAGAAGUAUACUAAAAUAUGGAUCUAUUGAAUUUGUGCUGAAAAGAAUACAGUUAGCUUCUUUAUUAGAAAAUGUUGACAGUUUCAUGAUAAAUGUUACUCCAGACUUGUACAAUGAAUAUUUCACUCGAUUAAUACGCGACAUAAGUCAUGGAUAUAUAUCUACUGUCUUUGCAAAUAAGCAAAUGUGUUCAGGUAAGUUUCGAAUGGAAAUGAUGCGACACUUUGGAAAACUUUUAAAGGCAAAAGAUAUUGUUGAUGCUAAAGACAAAUCUACUGUUAUUCAUAAAGUGUCAUCAUCGGGUUACACUGAUUUUUUAGCAUAUUUUGUGAAAAAUGACAUGCCAAACAUUGAUAAACAAGACUUAAACGGGAAAACAGCUCUUCAUUUGGCUGUUUUGCAUAGGCAUCAGCACAUUGCUGAAAUUCUUUUACAACAAAAAGCGGACGUGCAUCUCCGAGACAGUGACAGUCUUAGUGCGAUUCAUAUAGCUUGUAACAAUGGUGACCUACACAUGACAGAUAUAUUAAUAAAACACAAAACACACAAAAAUAAGAGAGACAAUCAUGGAUUCACCCCACUGCAUCUGGCAUCCAUAAGAGGUCAUACUAAAGUCGUAGAACUUCUUGCACAGGCGAAGGCCAAAAUGAAUGAAGUUGAUUACAUUGGAAGAACACCAUUGUAUGUGGCUUGCGAAAUGAAUAAUGUGGACACAGUUAAAUUUCUCGUACAACACCUUACACUGAAGGAUAUUCAUAUUGAAGAAAACAAAAACGGUUUUACACCACUUCAUAUUGCAUGUGAGAAUGAACAUACAGAUAUAGUAGAUACAUUGUUGAAAUACGGUGCAAACGUAAAUAGACCUUCAAAAAAUGACACACCAAUGAAAAUAGCAAAACGGCAUGGAAAUAAAAUUAUAAUCAAACUUUUACGGAAAUUUGAAGAGAUAAACACGUUACAAAAGUGAUAUCACAAACAUUGGCUCAUAAUGUUAACAAAAUUAGUUUUUCAUUAAAAAAAAAGGAUUAUCGGAUUUUUCCUAUUUUA